AUAAAUAAAUACUCUAACCAUUGAAUAAUUUUUUAAAAAUUAAAAUAUAAAAUUAAUAAACAAUAACACUUGUAAUGUUUUGAAUUUUUAUUUUAAAAUUUAUUUAAUAUGUCUGCCAAUUAUUACUUUGUUAUUGUUGGAACUGCAGAUAACCCAUUGUUUGAAAUAGAAUUUAAUGGCUCCAAUAAAGAAUCGAAGAAAGAAGAUCAUGCUCAUCUUAGUCAAUUUAUAGCUCACGCAGCAUUAGACCUAGUUGAUGAGCAUAAAUGGAAAACAACAAACAUGCAUUUAAAAGUUAUUGAUAAAUUUAAUCAAUGGUUUGUCAGUGCAUUUGUCACAGCGACGCAAAUAAAAUUCCUUAUGGUACAUGACACUAAAAAUGAAGAUGGUAUUAAAAAUUUUUUUAAUGAAAUGUACGAAAUUUAUAUUAAGUAUUCGAUGAAUCCAUUUUAUAGAAUAAAUACCCCAAUAAAUUCUGUUGGAUUUGAAAAAAAGGCUCAACUUUACGGAAGAAAAUAUCUGUCUUCAUAAUUAUUAUUAAAUUUAUUGAUUAAU